AAGAAAUGUCACUGCUCAUCAUCCUAAAAACACUACACCAACAGUGAAGUCUGGAGGUGAAGCAUCAUGGUGUGGGGCUGUUUUUCAUCACACGGUACUGGCGGACUUCAUAUAACCGAAGGGACGACGAAUGGAGUUCUUUACCGGGAGAUUCUUGAGAAGAAUCUGCUGCAUCCACCAGGAUGAUGAUGAUGAUGAGACGUGGGUGGAGCUUCCAGCAGGAAGUAUUAUCAUUCAUAGUCAUUUUGCAGAGUAGCACUUAUUUAUGAAUGGUGUUAAUGGCUAUACAGUCAUUUGUAGUGUUUGUCUCAAGUGUGUGUAAAAUGAUAAACUGGAAGACCUCUGGAAGAAGAGCUCAUCUCUGCAUGUCAUUUCUGUAUCUAGUCAAGCCUUCGCUUACGGGGACGAGGCUAGUGACAGAUUGGGGUCAAAUGCAAAAUGAGUCAGGCCACUCUAUUACAUGUUCCUGUACACUUCACUUAGUGCAUUAACCUCACACCUUAUAGUCUGGAUUGCUCCAGUCAACAUUAUAUAGUGAAUCACAGUGAUUGUACAGCUCUGUAUGUAGAAAUGGCCUGUAUGAAGGACGCCGGUAUUGGGUUACUCUCGUUAUUGUGUAAUAGUUAUUCGUUACAUGAGCAGCUGAGUGCAAAGUGCUGCUAUUGUUACAGCAGUCAGAUUACUGGAUUACUGUCUGGCCGUCUCCACUAGAGACAAAGAGGGGCUAAACAGAUUAAGACGCUUCUCCCCGGACUGUAGUAUCUCCUGGUGUGUUUUUUCCCGGAUGGAAUUCAUUUGACGACAGCUUCUUUGAUCAAAUCAGGAAUCAAGGCAGGAUCAAAAAGAGUCAAAUCUGAUAGUAUAAAAACUAGACAUGAACAAGUGGUUUUUAGAGGUAAACCAUAGAGGGAGCAGAAAGUGCCGAAUUUUCUUAGGCUAGAACACAUGACUGCUCCUCGUGUCCGAAGCAGCUGCUGAGGUUUACUGUCCGUCAUAUGACGACGAGCAUAACAGGCCUCGGAUUUGUAAGAUUUUUCUUGCUCCAGCUGGAUCCUGAGUCACUGGUUAAAUGGUGCUGAUAAGGUCUAAUUUUGGGACGAGAUCAAAAUGGCAGCGGGAACCUGCCGCAUCGUCAUGGAAACCUCUAUACACAGCACCAGCGAUGCAGAGGAGAAAGAGGACUCUUGUUAUGCUGACUUUGAUUUUGUUGAUGAUGAUGUGUACCUCGUCAAUGAUGAUGACGACGAUGAUUGUAUCUAUCAGGAAUUUACGGAAUUGGACUUCUUCCAGUUACCAGACACCAAAAGCAUUGUGUCAGAUGAUUCCUUCUACCCACCUGACAAUUCGGUCACCUCUCAGAGAUCGCCCACGCCUGAGGGUCCAGAGCCUCUUACGUUUUUCAAGGCAUGCUGCAGUAACAAUGCCAUCAUAGUCAAAAUUAUGAUCAGGCAAGGGGUCAGUGAAGAGGAAGUGCGAGAAGUGGAUAAAAACAAUAGGACUGGUCUGAUUGUGGCGUGUUAUCAGGGCUAUGUGGACGUGGUCAUCGCCCUCUCACAGUGUCCGUACGUGGAUGUGAACUGGCAAGACAGCGAGGGUAACACAGCACUCAUGACCGCUGCACAAGCAGGUCACAUUAUGAUCACCAACUUUUUACUGAACUAUUUUGCCGGGGUGGACACCGAACUCAGGAACUGCCAUGGCUUCACGGCCAUCAUGAAAGCGGCCGUGCAGGGCCGUGCCGGCUGUGUCCGAGCCCUUAUGAUGUCAGGUGCGGACGUUGAGGUGAGGGACUACGGGCGUAAGCUGACGCCGCUCGAGUGGGCACUUCUCACAGGCCGCUACGAGACGGCACGGACGAUGCAAAGGCUGAUGGCCCGGCCGUGCGCCGAGCAGUUCUGCGACUCAUUCCGCAUGGAAUGGCCCCGGUUGUCUCAACUGGCGUGCCAGGCACAGGAGCCCCGACCAUGCUGGAGGCAGCUGUCGGAGCGCAUGUGUGGCACCUUCAACCUCGGGAUGAGGACGGAGCCUCUGGAGGAGGGUGCGCUAGACUACAUGGUGCGCCUGACCACAGCGCUGGCAAGUCCGCUUGUGGCCACGGCCUGCAGCACAGUAUGCCCAGGCAGCCCACCAUGUGUAGGCAAACAUCGACCAGCUGUUCCAGAUAUCCUGCAGGAAAAUGACAAGCGGGUGGACGAUCUUAAGAGUCUGGAAGACUAUAAGCGCCUCUUCCAAAACGGUCGUCUGCCACUGGUUUUCAAGGAACAGGAGCACCGUGCCAGCCUGCAAGUGCCAACACUGCCAGAUGUGGUAUUGGCAUCCAGCCUGACACUGUGCCGAAACAGCCUGCUUCCGCUGCACAUGAUACGCCGGAGAAGCGUGUGCCCGGGCCUGGUGGUGCCCAGAUUACACCUGUGCAAGGCUCCACCACCAACCUACACACCUGAGAAGAACAGCUGCAGGAGCAAGGAUUCACAGUACCUGCAGGUGCCCAAGUGGAAGUACAAGGCAUUGAAAGAGGAGAAGGAGCAGGAAAAGCAAAACGACAAACUGAAGCUUCCGAUCGUGAAGAACAGAUGACGCGAACAUGGACGUCGCACGUGAUCGAUCAAGUCUUCCUCUGUGGUUCUCUGUACACGACAGCCGUGCGACUCUCGCCUUUCCAAAGAUGAGCUGACGAAUGCAGUAACCAUUCAGCUAUAUAAAUAGUUCCAGUUUGGACUAACUAUUAAAUGUUUAUUUAUUUAUUUAUUUAUUUAUUUAUUUAUACAAUUUUAGACAGGACACAUUACAGCUAGAAGAUUGCUCGAUUAUUCUUAUUCCGUCUUUUUAGAGGAAAAUA